GGGAACCCCUAUUUUUUAUUGCGGUUUUGGAAAGAGCAAGGUCAUUGUCAAGGUCAUGGUGAAGAACAUUUUUAGAUGUACAAUUUCCUUUUCUUUGUAAAUCCGCAAUAAAAAAUAGGGGUUCCCAUUUGAAAAACCAAUUUUGAUCUUGAAAUGACCUCGAAGCUCUAGGUCAAGGUCGUAUACAAGGGCGUCAUUGAAUAACCAGGGGAAAAUCCUAAAACUUUUGUAUUUAUCAUUUUUCAAGAAAAUGCACUCCUGACGAGUUAUUCAGGGGUUUCCAUACUUUUGUGCCACCCUGUAUAAAAUACGUAUUACAGGCUGUGACACCUUAUGAAAAACUUCCUGGGCUAAUUCCUGUUCGUAUUAAAUUUUGUGCAAAUUUUACAUUACUUACCAAAUUUGAAGUCUGUAUCAAAGUAGUUAACCAAACCACUGUUUCACUGCUAUUCUUUGAAGGAUUAUAGAGCCGUUACGAACAGUGUGAGGCAAAUACGAUACUUAUUUUUUUAUUUGUCGAUGAGAGAAAUCAGCCCAGAAAGUUUGUCGCAAUGUCACUCAAUGUCAAUGUUUAUAAUGUUUGCUUGCUAGGAUUUCGUGAGCGGUAAAUGUUUCGAUUGUGGGAAGUACAGAGAAAAAUGCAUUCCCUUCGGAUACCACGGCAGGAAGCACUACGAGAAAUUACUAGGUCUCAGAUGGCGGCAUACCAGCAGGGUACAAUUCCUGUUAACCGCCUCGGACAAGCCAUAUUGCAGGGGGCACUACAGGCUGAUCGUUCAAAUUUCUAACAACACAGACAGCGUGGACCACGGUGGAGAAAUAGGGCAGCUGUUAUUCACGAUGCACAGCACCAGCGACGGGAGAGGCCAAAAAUCCAGGCCUGCCGGAUUCAUCAGCGGGUACCACAAACCGGGAGCCUUGCACGUAGGUGUCGUUGCCACUGACGAGGUUCCGCAUUUGAAGGCGGUGGAAGUGGAGUGGAAGUAUAACAGCAGCUUGUUUAACCCGUUAACCUGGAGGAUAUUGACCACACCAAAAAUUUUCAUCAACAAAGUAACGGUGGAAGCGUUGGAGAUAAAUGAAAGUUAAUAUAUUUUUGGCUUAUAGGAUAACGGUUUGUCCGAAGGAACAAGAACCUCUAGUUAACGGCAUACCACAACUUUGGAUAUCUUCAUAUUGUUAGCCAUCACUACCACUUGUAUUUACAUCAUCAGUUCAUUGAUUCAUCAUCAUCCCUUAUUUAUAUUUUAUGU